ACUGAGGUGAGAGGAAUCCAGACAUCUUGGCCAAGGGCGCCUCCUGCCUGGGCGCGAGGAUGGGGUGCGGCUCAGCGCCGUGGCCCCGGUCAAGCCUAAAGGACCAGGGACGGGGGGAGCCGCCCCCUCGGCCGCCGCCCGCUGCCCGCGCCCGCCCCGCCCUCAGAGUCCGCGGGCGGCGGCUGCGCCCGGGUGCCCGGCUGAGGACCGCGUGACCUUUGACGACGUGGCCGUGUACUUCUCCCGGGAGGAGUGGGGGCUCCUGGAUGAGGCUCAGAGACGCCUGUACCAGGAGGUGAUGCUGGAGAACUUGACCCUUGCAUCCUCUGUGGGUUACUGCUGUGGAGCAGAGGAUGCACAAGCAAACUGUGAACGGAGUGUUUCUGCAGGAGUGUCACGGGCCCGCUCUUCCAGGGCUGCUCUGUGUUUCCGCAAGACCCACUUCUGUGAGAGCUGUGGUCCAGUCUGGAGAGACAUAUUCCAUUUGCCUGCGGACAAAGGAACUCCACACAGCCAGAACGUGGUCAGGUGUGGGGUAUGUAGGACACGAUUUCAUUUUAGAGCAAACCUCCAAAAACACCAGAAAAAGAGAAAAAAUUAUUUCACCUGGCGAGAAUAUAAGAAACCGUACAGGCCCAGGUGGACACGUGCUCAGGACCAAAAUGUUCGCACUGCAAGACCGUGUUUUAUGUGCAGUGCAUGUGGGAAAACAUUCAGGGAUCAGUCCUCAUUCGCUGUUCACCAGAGAGUGCAUCCAGGUAAAAGCCUUCCCGUGUGUGGCCAGUCUUUUAGGCGAACCUCAACCCUCAGUCAGCAUCAAAGAUUUCACUGUGGGCCAAGGAAGUACAAGUGCGGCAAAUGUGGGAAGUCCUUUCACCCAAAAUCUGUGCUCAUUUAUCUCUGGAGAAGUCACGCUGGGGAAAAAUGUGACCUGUGCCGUGAAUGUACGCCAUCUUUUAGCCGGAGAUGCAUCCUCAUUCGACAACGGACCGUUCACUCUGGGGAAAGGCGUUACGAGUGCACGCAGUGUGGGGAGUCCUUUAGAAGAAAAUUUUACCUCAUUCUGCAUUGGAGAGUUCACACUGGAGAAAGGCCCCAUGAAUGCCGUGAGUGUGGGAAAUCUUUCACCAGGAGAUCAGUCCUUACUCUACACCGGAGAGUGCACACGGGAGAAAGGCCUUCCCGGUGCAGCAAAUGCAGGAGAACCUUUCCCGGUAGUUCCAUACUCAUUCUACACCAGAGAGCACACACAGGAAAAAGGCCUUAUGAGUGCAGUGAAUGUUGGAAAUCCUUUAGCCAACAAUCUUACCUCAGUCGGCACCAGGUAAUUUACAGUGGAAGACAGUCUUAUGAAUGUAGUGAAUGUGGGAAAGCUUUUUCAUCUGCUUUCAUCCUCAGUCGUCAUCAGAGAGUCCACAGAAAAGAAAGACCUCAUCAGUGCAGUGUAUGUGGGAAAUCUUUUAUCCUAAGACAACAACUUCGUAUACACCAGAGGGUUCACACGGGAGAAAGGCCUUACCAGUGUAGCGAAUGUGGGAAGUGUUUUAUUGCCAACCAUAUCUUUAACUACCACGAGAAAAUUCACACUGGAGAAAGGCCUUAUCAGUGCCAUGAAUGUGGGAAGUCUUUUAUUUCCAAAUCCAACCUCACGCAACAUCAGAGAAUACACACAGGAGAAAGACCUUUUGCGUGCAGCGACUGUGGGAAAUGCUUUUUCCGAGGCCACCAACUUCGCACCCACAAGCGAGUUCACACAGGAGAGAGGCAUCAGUGCAAUGAAUAUGAGAAAUCUUUUUCAUCCGGUUUUAAUCUCAGAAAUCAUCAGAGGGAUCACACAGGAGAAAAUCACACAGGAGAAAAGCCUUAUGUGUGCACUGUAUGUGGGAUCUCUUUCACCACCCAGAGGAAGCUUCGCUAUCAUCGGGCAGUGCACACUGGAGAUGGGCCCUAUGAGUGCUGUGAAUGUGGGAAAUCUUUUACCUCUUGUUACUCCUUCCGGAAUCAUCAGAGAAUUCAUACAUAAGCAAAAAGUCUUAUGUCGAGCAUGUGGCAAAUCUUUUUCAUCUGGCUCCGGCCUCCGUUAUCAUCAGAGUGUUCACACUGGGUUAAAGCCUCAUGCAUGCAGCGAGUGUGAGAAAUCUUAUCUUAAGCACUCCGAACUCAUUCAGCAUCAAAGAAGUCACACAGGAGAAAGGCCUUAUGUGUGCAGUGAAUGUGGGAAAUCCUUUAUGCGGAAACCUCACCUUCGUGUACACCAACGGGUUCACACAAGAUAGAGCCUUCACGAUUGCAGUGCAUGUGGGAAAAGCUCUAAGGAUAGUUCCCAGUCCAGUUGACAAUGGAGAGCUCACACCGGAGUCUUCAUCCAUUUUCCUGGUCUACCUGGGGGUUGCUUGGCUGCAGCAGGACACAGAAUUGCACCCGGAGGUGUGAGGAUGAAUGGGUAUUUUCUGAGCCUCAAAGUCUUCCUGGAAGCCAAAGAGAAGAGAUGAGGGAUCGGUCUCCCCACACCUCAGAUCAUGCGAACUGGGUGGAAAUCCCAGAUCUUCAACAGUCAACCGAGAAAGCAGAGAGGAAGGGAGAGGGAUAGAGAGCUAGAAACAUCGAUG